AUGGGGUCACUGUCUUUAAGCGGUAAAAUAAGUAUCGUAACAGGUGCUACUCGUGGAAUUGGUAAAGCAAUUGCUAUCCAGCUUGGUCAACAAGGUGCCAAGGUUUAUAUUACCGGAAGAACAUUGAGCACUCAAGAUGGCGUAUGUUUACCAGGAUCGCUAGAGGAGACAGCACGUGACAUAUUACGCGCUGGAGGAGGAGUUUGUGUACCAAUUCAAUGUGACCAUUCGAAAGAUAUUCAACAUUUAUUUGAACGCAUCACAGCAGAAAACGACGGGAGGCUCGAUAUUUUUGUCAAUAAUGCGUUUUCGGAAAAUGAUAUCCUUUUGAAGGAGCGAGGAAAACCAUUUUGGGAACAGUCGUUGAACAUGUGGGACGAUAUAAAUGAGGUCGGGUUGAGAAAUAACUAUGUGUGCGCUAUCUACGCGUCUAAAUUGAUGGUACCACGUAAGAAUGGCGUCAUAAUAAAUGUGUCGUCUGCUGGGGCUUCAAUGUACAUGUUGAAUCCUGCAUAUGGGAUUGGUAAAGCUGGUGUUGAUCGCAUGACAGCCGAUUGUGCCCUGGAACUGAGGAAGCAUAACAUAGCCUUUGUUAGUUUGUCGCCCGGUCCUUUGAGCUCAGACACUUUAAUGGCGUUGUCAACAAAAUAA